AUGGAUCAAUUACACAACUCUUCUCCAUUAUCUCAACGUCGUAAUAGCACAAGCUUAAUUAAUCACAAAACUGUUGUAAUUAAUGGUAGCAAUGAAUGUCAUUUUUCCAAUGCUAUUUCUUCGCCGCCCUCGUUGACUACUAAAGCAGAAAUUCUACCACCUACAAUAACUAACUAUAACAACACAAAUAACAACAAUUUAGUUUCACCUGUCUCCUCAUCUUCUGCCAUUUCUUUAGCAGUUUCGGCACUUUUUGGUUCUUCUACUAGUACACAAGACAAUUCGACUUGUUUUAAUUUAAAUUCUGAACGUAAUAAUUUAUCAUCAAAUGACUCCAAUGUUACUCUCUGGCAAUUUUUGUUGGAAUUAUUAACUGCUAACGAGCAUCCUCAUCUGAUACAAUGGACUAAUAAUGAAGGGGAAUUUAAGCUUCACGACGCCGAAGCAGUUGCUCGUUUAUGGGGAAUUCGUAAAAGUAAACCAAACAUGAAUUAUGAUAAAUUAAGUCGAGCACUCCGUUACUAUUAUGACAAAAAUAUAAUUAAAAAAGUUAUUGGACAAAAAUUUGUUUAUCGUUUUGUUAUGGAAAAUAAUGGAGGAAAUGGGGGAGGGAAAAUGUUAGAAGGUGGAGAAUCUCGCCCAAAUUCAGAAUUAUUAAUGAAUGCAAAACAACAGCAACAAUUACAAUUAUUAGUGAAUAAUAAAAAGGAAGCAACAAAUAAUACAACGGCUAUGGAUAGAUUAUCGGCUUUUGAAUGCCUUGCACCGACACCAAUGCAACACCAAAGGAAUGCUUCUGGUAAUAGACAUAAUAACAGUAUAUUAACUCCGUCUCCUUCAGACAGGUAA